AUGUCAGUAGAAUACCAUCACGGAGUUCCAACUCCCCAUUUAUUGCAUAGGGGAAUGCCUACAAAUAAAUCUGUUAAUUUACCUCCAUCACAUAAAGCAGCACAUAAUCAACAAUAUCCAGAUGAAAUACCUAUUGCUUUAAUUGGACGCCCUGCAAUGCCCCCAGAACUCUCAUCAGAACAACAACUUCCCCUUUAUAAAGACUCAUCUGCUCCAAAUGGUAUCUCACGUAUUGGCGGCAAUAAUAACAAUCGUCGCCGUCGCCUACCCAAUUUAGCAGCAAUUUAUGGGGCUCGUAGAGAAAGGACAGAUUCUCAAAGACCUCUAAAUGAUUCUAAUGAUUCUUCUCUUGGUGGAGUAAAUAAUGGAUUUCGUGGAAGUGCGGAUGGUCCUGUUCCCCCUCCUCCCCCUUCAAAUCAACAACAAUCUUAUGGAGGACAACAAUAUGGGCCUACUACAGCUGCACAACGAUUUAUUUUUGUUAAUAGAAGUAUGCCAACAGAUUCGGAUGAGGAAGAUUUAUAUGAACGACGAACAAGAUUAGAUUUACAAGAAAAUAGAAAUAGAAGAGGACUAGUAGGACCGUCAAACCUUUCCUUGCAGCAUGGACCACAAUUAAGGCGCCCGUUAGCUUUGGCAAGAAAUCAGGCAUUUGCAAUGGCUGGGUUAUUAAAUGAGGAUUGGCUGUUAGAUGAUGAUGGUUAUGAAGAGACUUAUAGGCCUGAUCCAACCGGCCCUGUCCGUCUACCUUAUUCUCCAACAACUAGAACAGUUGUACGUCCAAUUGAAUUAUAUCCUCGUCAAUCUACUUCAAAUGCUGUUCAUAUGCAAAGACAUUUACCCCAACAUCCUUACUAUAACAACAACCAACAACAACAACAAUUUUAUGGUGGCUAUAGACCCACCCCCAAUCAUCAUUCUUCCUCUCAAAAUUAUUAUUCUGGCCCAGACCAUCACGAAUUAGCUGACAGACUUGUUGGGGAAGCUUUACAGUUAGGGCCCUAUACAGACCCUAGAUUAGUUGAAGUAGCUAGAAGGGAGAUGGCAGAAGCAUAUCAAUUAGAUGAAAGACAGAUUGAUCAAACUGCUGCUUAUUUUCUUGAACAUAUGGGUGGAAUUGGGCCUGAUCAAAUUAGUGAUAUUAACCAAUAUUCUCAACACGAUCUACUAAGACCAGCAGAUUUAGAAUUACUCGAAGACUACGAAAAAUCGGCAACAGAAGAUGAAUUAUUACAUCAUCACCAUCACCAACACCGUCUUCAUUCCCCUCCUUCACCAGCCCAAUUUGGACAAACAACUAAUAAUAAUAGUGGACAACAAAGAAGAGAAGCAAAUAUUGAUGGAGAUGAAAGCGAUUUACUUUUGGUUACAACAUUGUGAAAAAAACAUAUAAAUUUUGAAAAGAAUUUUAGGAAAAAUUUUCUGCCAGUUUUUUUCUGCCAAAUUAAAAA